AUGCUGACUGCCACGUCGAUGGGUAGCCAAUCUUCAACCCAUGGCGCAGACAAUCCCAACCAGUGCACACAAGACAAUGUGAUCCCCCGACAUCUCAUCCAAAACACCUACAACCAACUUCAUAUCAAGUAUGCACACGAUCUGUACGAGUGGUGGGUUGAAGAGACCGAGCCCAGCAACAAGCAUAUCUCCGAGAGCCUGACAAUCGCCGCAUUCCUCAUCGAGCUCUGGAGAACCAUGUACGGCGCAUGCCCAAGCCUAGAGCAAACUUCAACCCCAGAAAAAGAAGAGCAUAUACAAGCACAGAAUUUCCCCGGAUUCGUUGACCUAGCAUGUGGUAACGGUGUGCUCGUCUACGUGUUGCUCGUGGAAGGCUACGCAGGCUGCGGAUUUGAUGCCCGGCGGCGGAAAUCAUGGACGCUUUUCCCGGACUGGGUGCAGGAAAGGCUACAGGAAGCGGUUUUUGUGCCCCAUCCGUUCAUGGAAGUUUUCAGAGCUUCGCCUCUUUCACGGGAAAUCGGGACGGAUGUCCAUCCUGGAGACUUUUCAAAGGAUACGUUUCUUAUAUCCAGCCACGCGGACGAACUCACUGUGUGGACGCCGCUUAUGGCUGCCUUGGCGUGUCCUAUGUCACCGCUGCCGUUUCUGGUUAUCCCAUGCUGUUCACAUGCCCUUUCUGGAUCUCGGUAUCGGUAUCCCCCGCCGAAGCGAGAAUCUCAAACCGCGAAGAAUGGAAAGAGUGGUUCGGUGGAAGCGAAUGAAUUCUUACCUCGGUUGUUGGGGCAGGACUCGCAGCCCGCUGCGGGGGAUCUCAGGGCGCUUCGGGCUGAUAAAACCGUUGAGAAGACUAUGGACGGGAUGCCGAGCUCGAUGUACGGUUCUUUGACCGCGAAGACGAUGAGCGUUGCCGAGGAGAUCGGGUAUGCCGUUGAACAGAAUCUGUUGCCAAUUCCAAGUACACGGAAUAUGGGUAUUGCGGCAAAUCGCCAGCAGGUCACACGACAAUGGAGAGAAAGGACCCAGCAAACAAAUAUGGAAAAGAGUGCGUAUACCGGAGUGGAUGCUGUCGUGCAAGCAGUCAACGCUGUGGUUGAGCGAGAAUGCUCCCAGGACGGGGGUGUCGAAGCUGCUGCUAAGAUUUGGAUUGAGCACACCAGAGGCCUCCUUCAGGACCAAGGGAUGGCAAACCGAGCUCAUUAA